AUGGAAGAACUACAACAACAACAUCCAUCCAAAGCUUCCUCGCCAAAGGAAGCAUCAUCAACAACCACAACCGCAACCACAACAACAACAACCACAACUGCUGUGAAUUCUUCAGACUCGAAUUCUUCUACCCUAACAACAGAAGAACCCAAUGCUCCUCCUCAACAGAAGAAGAUUGAGGAACAACAACAACAACAACAACAACAACAACAAGAGCCUGCUAAGGAUGUUGCUGAAACGGAGACAAAUCAAGCACAACCUCAACAGCAAAAACAAGGUGAAGAGAAGGUAAAUGCUGCAAAUUCUCCUUCAAAACAAGUGAAGGAACAACAGGAACCGCCAUUGCAGCUAAUUAUCAAGCUAAACACAAAGAAGAUAGUACUAACCGAAAAAAGUUGCGGUGGAGGAGGGGUUUUGUGCAGAGUCUUCGUUAGCUAUCGAUGGGAAUUCACUAGUCAAUUGUUCUGGUUCGUGGCAUUUCCUAUCCAGCACUAA